CACUGCGCAUGCGCAGCUCAGGGAGUGCGCAGCUCAGGGAGUGCGCAGCACAGCGAUCACCGGUGCGCUGUGUCCCUCGGACACAGCGGAUCACGGAAAGAGCCAAAGAUGUCGGCUCGGUCAUGUGAUCAGCUGUGUCCAAUCACAGCUGAUCACAUGGCACUGAUGACCAGUGUGCCCUGAUGAUCAAUGUGGCCCCAGAAGUGCCACGUGCCAGUGCCCAUCAGUGCCAGGUGCCAGUGCCACAUCAAUGCCACAUAUCAGUGCAUACCAGUGCACAUCAAUGCCACAUAUCAGUGCCCAUCUGAGCUGCCUUUCAAUGUCACCCAUCAGUGCCAGUCAGUGCCACCUACCAAUGCCAAUCAGUGCCACCUAUGAGUGCUGCCAAUCAGUGCCACCUAUCAGUGCCUAUCAGUGCGCAUCAGUGCCAGUCAGUG